CCACCAAAAGCAAAAGCAAAGGCACCAAUGAAUCUUUGUCUUCUAGAUUAUCCAAACCACUUCAGAUUCUUUUCCUCUUCUCCAACAACUUCUUCAAAAUCAAAACCAAAACCCUCAUGAAACCCACCAUUAAACCUCACAAAUAUGCAUUGCCCAACCUCUAACUCCUUCACCUACAACUCAUCCUUAUGCGCCUGCAACCCAGGCUUCUUGUUCAACUCCACCACCACCACAUGCUCUCCGUUCAUCGUCUCCGGCGAACCCUCCUUUGUGGGUACCGGAGUUGACUAUUCGGUCAACUUCCCAGAAACCAUUUUGUCAUUUGAGUCAAUAAAGAAGUAUGCAGAGUCUCAAGAUGUGUUUCUUGGGGCUACCCUUGUGAUGGUUGUCAGUUGGUUGUUGUUUUGUGUUGGUGUGAGGUUUGGGAGUGUUGGUGAUGAUGGAACAACAUUUUGGUUUAAGGUUAGAUGGUGGGUUAGUAGAUUGGAUGUGUGUUUUGCUACUCGCCAUUGGCUGGAAGAUCAGAAGGUUGUCAAGAAAAGGAAAACCGAACUCGGGGGCACUUUCUCAGUUGCAAGCUUCAUUCUUUUCAUCGGUUUGCUUGCCGCGUUACUAUACCAAGUUAUAUCAAAAAGAACCAUAGAAGUGCAUAGUGUUGUAGCAGCAAAUGCACCCGAUUUUACUUCAUUUAGCACCGAUAUGGAGUUCAACAUAACCACCAUUUCUACAAUGACUUGUUCAAACAUUCAAAAUCUCGGUACUUUAUUCAUGGGAAAACCCGGUUUUUUGGAUUUCCGAACCACCCCAUUAUCCACUUUCGCCAAAUUUUCCUGCGAAAACACCACAAAAGGCCCAAUGGUGACACUUAAAUGCACAAACUGUCAACUCUUUCGCGACAACUUUUACACUUCAUGGCAGUUUAUUGAUCUUCCAAAUAUUCCCGCAAGUGCCGUUGGUUUUGAGUUCAAUUUAACGUCAAGGGACCGUUUAAACAAAAAACGUGCGAGUUUCGUGAGUGGGGUAUUGAAAAAGGGAAGCCAUAUGAAUGCAGAGUUUGUGACUUUUAGAGGGAAAGAUCCAAAUAUAUUGCAGUUUAAUUUGUUUCCUCGAGUUUACCGAAACAAAGAUGAUUUAAAACUCAUUCAGCCUUUGUUUCAUGACUUCAUUCCGGGCUCUUCGUUUGGCGAUAUAAAUAAGCUGCGGGAUUCGUUACAGAAUUCGAGCAAUGGGGUUGUCAACGUCACUUUAAAUGUUAAUUUUCUUUCAUCUUAUAUUGUUGAGGUUGAUAGUCAGAGCACGUUGGGCCCAGUGGGCUUCCUUGCUGAUUUGGGUGGCCUAUAUUGCAUUAGUAUUGGGCUUUUCUUCUACUUAUUGGUUCAAUUUGAAUUCAGAUUUAAGAGGUUUCGGCGUGAGGAUAAAGUAAUGAGAAGGAUUAGAAAUCGUAAGAAAGCACAAGAACGUUGGGACAAGCUGAGGAAAUACGUAGUUUUUACAUGGGGUCGUGGUUCCUUGCCUCAUGAAGAUCGAAAUGUUGUGCUGACAUCAUGCUGCUCAGGAAUAUUAAUCAAGUCAAACCAAAAUGGAGGAUCUGUGUCUAAAAGAAGACAACAUAUAAGAAAAGAUACCAUUAGUUUUAACAAAAAAGUCAGCGUUCCUGAUGAUAAGGUGUCACAAAAAGUGUCAUCGGACGAUGUGGAUAACGGAAUUGCACAUAGACAACAACCACCAGGUUUUGCGGCUAAUGACAUACCAUUGCCACCUUCAUUAGAAAUCAAACCAGAUUCAGAAAUAAGUGCUUCGGAAAUCCAGAAAAAUCUUCAAAAUUUAUAUGAAUACAACUUGAUGCUUCGAGAAGAACUGAUUCUUGCUCAAUCUAUGCUUCAUUCUUUAACAUCAAACGAGUAUUCCCCAGAGGGACAUUAGUGUGCCAAUGAUCAUUCACUUUUCUGCAGCAUGUAUAUGUCUAGGCGUGAAAUAACGCCGAUUGCAGAGUAUUGUUGUGUUUUAAUUGUAUAUGGCCUGUGUUUUUUUUCUUUGACAAGUACGAUUGGUUUAGGGUUAUUGUAUAUACUAAGCUUACUAGAUACGCGUUAAACUGUAAAGUUUAAUGAUAAAAUUAUGGAAGUAGUCAUUUUCUCGAGCGUUA